CGUUGCCUAGCAACGGUGACUGGCGACCCGUCUCCAGCACACGCCAACAGUUACUAUGGCAACGUUAGCUUAGUUGAAUCCGUACCAAAUAACUAACCGUAAACCAUCGAGAUAAAGGACAUUAUGUCGGAGGGAAUGUCCGGAGCUCGCGCAGAAAGCGUGAUUAAAAGCAUUAUAGGCGCAGUAGCGCGGGAGUGCGCAGUGAGGGGACGCGCGGCGCCGGACGCUUUGGUGGCUUUUAUGGUGAAAGCUGUGGUUUUGGACCCAAGAAAUGGGUUUAAUGUUGAUCGAACACUCACAAAACAAGACAUCCAGAAACUGGAAGGGCUGUGUCUCGAUAAACUGAUGGAAGAGUGCAGCCCGUCGCUCGAAACCAUCAAGAUGCAAGUGUAUUUCGAUAUGAAUUACACCUCCCGACGUGAGUUUCUUGAGGAAAUCCACCGGGUGGGGGGGUCCAGGCUGAGUGCGGUGAGCCGAGAGAUCACCGACAGCAGAGUGAAAACACGGGACGAAUUACACGCUUUGUACCGUAAAAUCAUCACGUACAUCCAGCUGCGGUCGGGCAUGGGCUCGCCCACGGACGACGGCGCUGUGCAAGAGGCCGCAGCUGCCCUGCAGAGCGUCUUCCCUCAGGCUGAACUGGGAGCCUUCAUGGUGCUCCUAAAGAGGGACAAGGAGCAGCAGCUCAACGAGCUCUGCAUGCUCGUCACGGGGAUCCGACUCUUCAACAAAGCCGGCAGGAGUGCUGACCUCAGUGAACUAAUGCCCGCGGUUCUCACCGAAGCUCUUCCGGUCACCGCUCAGAGCGUGGAAAAGGCGCUGAAUGCCUCGCAGACUCGGGCCUGGAAGUACACGGCUGUGCUGGAGAGGCUCACGGAGCGCGUGGCUCCGCCUGCGGGACGGGACGCCCUCGUUGUCCUGCUCAAACAGGCGCUCUACAACGUCAGGCAGCAUGAAGCCUUCCUCAAAAUGCUACUGUCUGAUGCGUGUGUGUGUGCUGAGCACGUUGAGAUGCUGCAGGCUGAGCUCUCAUCGCACCUGGAGCUGCUGAGAGAAACUGUGCAAUCAAAGACGGCUGUACCGACUGCAAAGGUUUUUCCGCUUUUCAAGUCUACGUCGAAGCUGUGGUUGAGACUUCAGGAUGAGGCCGAGCUGCUGAACGUCCUCUACAGCAUCACGCUCAACAUGCAGCCCUUUGUGGCCUCCCAGGCCCACAUCUUCUCUGAGGCGUAUUUGGACGUCCUGCUGGAGGCGUGCGAGGUGAAGACAGACGAGCAGAGAAUGGCCGCGUCCUCGGUGGAGCGCGUCGUCCCCGCGGAGAUGCCCACUCAGGAGUGGCUCCUUCCUGAAACGACCGCCGGGUUCAGCGAGCUGCCCCUGCAGUACAACGCCGUGUGUGGCCACGCUCUGGUGAGCAGAGAUGGGCUCCUGCUCCCAGGCAACCCUCACAUCGGGGUCCUCAGCCACGAGGGGAAGCUCUACGCCUUCAGCUCCAAGGAAGCUGCGCUGAAGUUCGCCUCCAGUCCGGGCGCCUUCGUCGCCGAGGUGGCGGAGAAAGCCAAGCAGCGCCCCGAACUCAUCCGCCUCCUCAAACUGCACCAACAGUUCUCCUGCGUCGGCCCAGAGAUUCUGCCGGCAGAGACUCCGCCGGUGAAGCCCGCCACUCAGUGUGAGAGCGGCACGCAGAUGGACGUCCACCCGGCGGGGGCGGGCCUCGUUCGGGCGUACGAGUGGAACGAGUGGGCCCUCCGGAGGAGAGCCAUCCAGCUGGCCGAUAUCAGGACCAAAGUGACGCACUCGGCGCAGACGGAUCUGAGCCACAUGAGGCGGGACGGCGCCACUCAGACGUGGCCCCCCAAGGACGCGGCCUGCCAGAGCAAGCGGGACGGGGAGAGCGGCGCGCCCAAACCUCAGGUCUACCUGUCCGGUCUGAGGGGACAGAGGGACGGACGCGUGGUGAGGACCGACCUGACCAGGUCGGUGGAUGAAUGAGCAGCAGACGAGAUGCUUCAAUGAUGAAGUCAUCAAGAGAGGAAACGUUCUGUUACUUCUGUAGACGACGUACAGCCAUGGAGCUCAUUAAAUGAAUCGUCAUCUUCUC